AUGGCGUCCCAUUGCAGCCUCUCUGCAUUGUAUCCCAUCCAAAGUCAGCUCGAUUACGCUUUAGAUGAAGCUGCCACACAACAAGAAAAAGAAGAUCUUGUCUACCAGUAUUUGAAAAAGAUAGACGAGAAGGAAGACCUGAAGAUACCGGAUUUUCAGUCAGGCUUGGAGUGGCUGAACACAGAGGCGCCCCUGUCUUUGAGCAAGGAACUGGCCGGUAAAGUGGUGCUGCUGGACUUUUUCACUUACUGCUGCAUCAACUGCAUGCACAUCCUCCCGGAUCUGCACCAGCUGGAGAACAGAUACUCUGUUGAAGAUGGGCUGGUGAUUAUCGGUGUGCACUCUGCCAAAUUCCCCAAUGAAAAAGUUCUGGAUAACAUCCGGAGCGCAAUGCUCCGAUAUGACAUCUGCCACCCAGUGGUCAACGAUAAUGAGGCGUCUCUCUGGCACGAACUGGAAGUCUCCUGCUGGCCCACACUGGUUCUGCUAGGACCACGCGGCAACCUGCUCUUCUCUCUGGUGGGCGAAGGCCACAGCGACAGACUAACACUUUUCACUGACGUUGCUCUCCGUUAUUACAAGGAACAAGGCCAGCUGAAGACCCACUCGGUGGCAAUUAAGCUCUACAAGGACUCUGUGCCACCCAGCAUCCUUUCCUUCCCUGGGAAGGUGGCUGUGGAUCACUGCGGCAAAAAGCUGGCCAUAGCAGAUACGGGCUAUCACAGAAUCCUGGUGGUGUCUUCUACCGGACAGCUGCUGCAUGUCGUAGGAGGACCUCAAAGAGGCAGACAGGAUGGCGACUUGUCUGAAGCUUCUUUCAACUCCCCGCAGGGUGUCGCCAUUAAAAACGACACUGUUUUCGUGGCCGACACUGAAAAUCACCUGAUUCGAAAGGUGGACCUGGUGAGGGGACAAGUUAGCACGCUGGCUGGUAUAGGCACACAGGGGACAGACAAAGAGGGCGGAGCCAUGGGACCCCAGCAGCCAAUCAGUUCUCCGUGGGAUGUGACGCUCGGCAGUGCUGGCGGCGCUGAGGACAACGUGCUGUGGAUAGCCAUGGCAGGGACCCAUCAGAUCUGGGCUUUGUUCCUAGAAGAUGGAAAACUGCCCAAAAGAGGUGAAUCCAAGGCAGGGACCUGCGUGCGAUGGGCAGGCAGCGGCAGCGAGGAGAACAGGAACAAUGCCUACCCUCACAAGGCGGGCUUCGCCCAGCCUUCAGGGCUGGCCCUCGCUGCAGGGGAGCCCUGGAGCUGCCUCUAUGUGGCUGACAGCGAAAGCAGUUCCAUUCGAUCUGUGGCCCUGAAGGACGGAGCCGUAAAGCAUCUGGUUGGAGGAGAGCGGGACCCACUGAACCUUUUUGCGUUCGGAGACAUUGAUGGCAAAGGGGUGGAUGCCAAGCUGCAGCAUCCUCUCGGUGUUGCCUGGGCUCAUGAACAAAGCCUGCUCUAUGUGGCCGACUCCUAUAACCACAAGAUCAAGGUGGUGGAUCCAAAGACGAAGCAGUGCUCUACCGUAGCAGGGACAGGAGAAGCUGGAGAUACUCUGGGCCCUCAGUUUACUAAAACCUGCUUCAAUGAACCUGGAGGAAUAUGCAUCGAUGGGAAGCUUCUCUACGUGGCUGACACCAACAACCAUCAAAUCAAACUUCUCCAUCUGGACUCCAACACUGUCUCUAUGUUCCACAUCUCUACUGAGUGCACAGACUCAGCAUCUGUUAAACCACUUGGAGCCAGAAAAGUCCCCUCGCUGCCUAAAUCAGCUGUCAGGAAAGAUUUGCCUCCAGUUUCAGCGUCUGUGGGCCAGACUGUCAUGAUGUCACUCACCAUGUCGCUUCCAGAAGGAGUCAAACUCACUGAAGAGGCACCCAGCUGCUGGGCGCUCACAGCUGAGGGUAACAAGUGGUUGCUGGAAGAUCAGCUGACAUCAGGAGAUAUCGUCGAUUUGUCGAAACCGCUCUGUGUCUCAGUCAAACUUCCUGCCACUGUGAAGGAAUCAGACCGAAACCCCAACCUCAGGUUGAAUGUGUGGCUGUUCUACUGUUUGGAGGAAGGUAAAGCCUGUACCAUGAAGGCAGCCUCAUUCACACAGCCUCUGCAAAUAAACACCAGUGCCUCAGAAGGAGAGAUCACCGUGGCAUUGGCUCAUUCCUUCUAGAGAACAGCAGCUUGGCCCUCAGUUAAAGAUUUUUAAGUUUCCUCCAGCCUAAGAUCUA